AUGAACUGGUUAGGGCAUAAAUAUGUUCAUAUUAACUGUUAUGACAAGUCUGUGAGGUUUUCUACUCCUGAAGAAGAGGGAGAUAGUCGGUUGUCUGCUAGACAGUUGAGGAAGUUGAUGCAAGAAGUACCAAUGUUCUCUUUGAUGGCGCCACUAUCUAUAGAGACUCAAGCUAUAAUUGAGGAAUUGCAGGUGGUGUGUGAAUUUCCUGAAGUUUUCCCCGAUGAGAUUCCUGAUGUACCGCCGGAGAGGGAAGUUGAAUUUGCUAUUGAUCUUGUACCUGGUACCAGACCUGUGUCUAUGACACCACACAGGAUGUCUGCAUCUGAAUUGUCAGAGUUACAUAAGCAAUUGGAAGAGUUACUUGAAAAUAAGUUUGUAAGACCAAGUGUAUCGCCAUGGGGAGCUCCAGUGUUGUUAGUAAAGAAGAAAGAUGGAAGUAUGAGGCUUUGUGUUGAUUAUAGACAGUUGAAUAAAAUGAAGAUUAAGAACAAGUAUCCGCUUCCAAGAACAGAUGACUUGAUGGACCAAUUGGUGGAUGCUCGUGUGUUCAGUAAGAUUGAUUUGAGGUCGGGUUACCAUUAG